UGGGAGCUGGGGCCGUCUUUCCGCACGUGGCCGUGUCGUGCCGCGCUCCCCGGCGCCGCUGCGGCCCCGGCUGUGACCGACUCUUGCUAACCCGGCCCCGCAUCUCUGCCCGCCAUGCUGGUCCUAUUCGAGACCGCGGCCGGAUACGCCGUCUUCAAGGUCCUGAAUGAGAAAAAACUUCAGGAAGUUGACAGUUUAUGGAGAGAAUUUGAAACACCUGAAAAAGCAAACAAAAUAGUGAAGUUGAAACACUUUGAAAAGUUUCAGGACACAACAGAAGCCCUUGCUGCAUCCACAGCUCUGGUAGAGGGCAAGCUCAGCAAGAACUUGAAGAAAAUUCUAAAGAAGAUAGUGGCAAAAGAUGCCCAUGAACAGUUGGCCAUAGCAGAUGCCAAACUCGGCGGUGUCAUAAAGGACAAGCUGAACUUAAGUUGUAUUCAUAGCCCAAUGGUUACUGAACUGAUGAGAGGAAUUCGUUCUCAAAUCGAGGGGCUUAUCACUGGCCUUCCAUCACGGGAAAUGGCAGCUAUGUGUUUAGGAUUGGCACAUAGCCUCUCCCGGUACAAGCUGAAAUUCAGCCCAGACAAAGUAGAUACAAUGAUUGUCCAAGCAAUCUCCCUUCUUGACGACCUAGAUAAAGAGCUGAAUAACUAUAUCAUGCGCUGUAGGGAAUGGUAUGGCUGGCACUUCCCUGAACUAGGCAAAAUCGUCACAGAUAACCUAACAUACUGUAAAUGUGUGCGGAAAGUUGGAGACAGAAGAAACUUUUCUACCUUUGACCUCUCGGAAGUUCUGCCAGAGGAGAUUGAGGAUGAUGUGAAGGCUGCUGCAGAGAUCUCCAUGGGGACAGAAGUAUCAGAAGAAGACAUAAACAAUAUACUGCAUCUUUGUGAUCAGGUGAUUGAGAUCUCACAGUAUCGAACACAGCUGUAUGACUAUCUCAAGAACAGAAUGAUGGCCAUUGCACCUAACCUCACUGUUAUGGUCGGGGAAUUAGUUGGAGCGAGGCUUAUUGCUCAUGCAGGUUCCCUUUUGAAUCUGGCUAAACACCCAGCUUCCACUGUUCAGAUUUUGGGGGCUGAAAAAGCACUUUUUAGAGCCCUGAAAACUAAACGAGACACACCCAAGUUUGGCCUGAUUUAUCAUGCUUCCCUUGUGGGACAAACUGCUGCAAAAAACAAAGGAAAGAUCUCUCGAAUGCUAGCAGCCAAAACUGCAUUGACUAUUCGUUAUGAUGCCCUUGGAGAAGACUCCAGUGCUGAAAUGGGAGCUGAGAACAGAUUAAAAGUAGAGACUAGGCUGAGACACUUGGAAGAGAAAGGGAUAAGAAGAAUAAGUGGCACAGGAAAGGCCUUGGCCAGGGCAGACAAAUAUCAGCACAGGAGUGAAGUGAAGGUAUAUGACCCCUCUGGUGACUCUACACUCCCUGCUGUUCCAAAAAAACGUAAAAUUGAAGAGGUGGAAGAAGAGGAGACACAGGUUACAGUGAAAGCAAAGAAGAUCAAAGUAGAAAUUAAAGAAGAGGCAGAUGUAGAGGAAGGGGAACUGGUCAAAAAGAAGAAAAAGAAAAAGGAAAAGAAACAGAGAACUGAGGAAGAAGCAGCUUUGGCUGAAGAGCCAUCCACUAGCACAGCAGUGGAGAGUACAGAGAAGAAGAAGAAAAAGAAGAAAAUCAAAGUAGAGCAAGAGGAUUAGUGCAGGAGAAACGAUUCAUUUGGAUGCUUCAGUUCAGAAUAUAUUCCCUAGAAUACUUUCUCUUUAAAUACUUGCUCAAACACCAUAACUUCCCCCAAUAAUGGGAGAGGGCAGGUGGAAGAUGAAUUCGAUAAGUCUCUGCUGUCUCUUUCUCAGAACAAAAUAUUUAAUUAGUUUUUGGCUCCUUAGGUGGACCGCUGCCUUAUUGCAGUUUCAUUAAUUGAGAAGGUCACAACAGGUCUUUGUUCAUAUAUGGUCUUUUGUGAUACUGAAUAAAAAUCUUCUUUUUGUA